ACAAAAAACACUUUUGACACAUUACCAUAGUCUAUUCGCUUGACAAUGAACGAGCGUGUACAUGGCUUGUGUGUUGUUAUAAGUUUUCAACGCAGCGUUGUUAAGACUUACUCAGACAUUGAAAACCAUUCGACAUAUGGUUGGUAUACAUAAAGCGGUCUGACUGUCUACCAAAGUAACUAAGUACGACACUCUCUUCUCAACUAUUUCUGGCUGUCAUAUUGUUUUCGAUCUUUUUCCAUGCGAUACCAUCACAUAAAAAGAAACAAACUUGUCUAGCCAAAAAAAUAAAUUAAUUAAUAAACGAAAAUCCGGCAAAUUUUCGUUUGGAGCUGGUGAUAUACUUGAAAUAAGCAGAGCAGUGAGCAAAGUGUUAUCACAUCGGAUUCCUUUUUUUUUGUAAUACAACCUUGCUCACCGGAAUAAUAGUCAACAUUACAUUACGUAGGGGUGGAAAGGAAAAGCAAUAAAAACAUGUUCAAAUGAAAUGGAUAAUUGGGAUAGCAUGUUAUUUCAUCCAAGAUAUUGACUUGACUUGAAGAAAGAAGCACGUACGACGAUUGUAACAGAAAACAAAAACUCUCAUAGACCAAUAACAAUACACGCACCCACAUACACAGUACUCAUCAAUCAAACGAUCAACCAUUGAAUAUUUUAGAUAAAAUAAUACUCCACCAAACUGCAAUCGAAUCUAAAUUUGAAUCUUCAAAAAAUGCCUCCCGAGCCGUUUGUACAGUACGAUUUUUGGCAAUUAGAUCCUCCAGAUCUGAUCGAUGUAUCAUGCUUGAUGCCAAAUGGCAUUAUCAUUAUUAUGAAAGUAUCGCAAAAUGCCACAUUUGAGGAAAUCAAGGAAGAGCUCUGGGAAAAUGCUCAACGAUUUCCUCUUUAUGGGCGGCUACACGAUAAAUCAGAGUAUGUGAUUACUGUGAUCAGCGGUUCAUUCGGUAAGAAAGGUAAAGCCGAAGAGAUUCACAACGAGGCGAUUCGUCUGUGUGACGUUCAACCAUAUUUUUGUCUGUUGAAAAUCGUCGAAAAAGACAAAUCAACCGACAACCCAUUAGAAAAAGACAUAUCCCAUUUGAUCGGAAAGCCUGUUGAAGAGUUCAAGAAUUUAAACAACCCAGAAGUGAAUGAUUUUCGCUACAAAAUGGGUGUGAUUGCCGACGAAAUGUCGGAAGAACGCAAGCGAAUGACAUGGCAACAGCGUCUGAUGUAUCAAUACCCUCCAAGAUUGGCCAAGAAUAUUAAUAUUCCGCAAUCGGUACGCGGUCGAUUCAACAACGAAAAAUUUAUGAUUGUAUCCAGAUCGGAAAACGAUGCGAAUUCAUCGUUUACGCACGAGGUCCCAUACCACUUAUCGCCAACAUUAAUUCUUAAGAAAAUCCUAAUGAAAAUGUCGCACACGAGUAAUAAACCGCAACACAACUAUGAUGACUACAUUCUAAAGAUUUGCGGACAGGACGAGUAUAUUUUCGGUGAAAAUCAAAUUAUUCAAUUUUUGCAUGUGCAAGACGUUUUAUCGGCCAAUGGCAUACCGAGUUUUGUCAUUCAGGCAAAGCAAAAUGUCAAUAUGUUCAAGAAAAGUAUUUACGAAACAACCUUAUCAAAAUUGGAAGAUCGCAAAAAUAAUGAUAGCAAAGCUCGAUUGGGCAUGUCCACGUGCACACUUAAAAAGAAGUUGAAAUAUACAUCGUCGUGGGAUAUCAAACAACAGUUGCAAAUUUGCAUACAUGCAAUCAAAGGACUCAAUUGUGAUACGAACAAAGCUGUCGAAGUCGGUAUUCGAGCAGGUCUAUUUCAUGGCGGUAAAUCGCUAUGCGAACCGCAAAAAACUGUACCAAUUACGUUGCCCACCGACGGAUGCCCGAAAUGGGAGGAAGUGCUUAAAUUUGAUAUUAUGGUUUAUAAUGUGCCGCGAAUGGCACGGCUCUGUUUGGUCGUUUAUGAAAUUGUCAAAAAUUCGAAGGGCAGUAGCAGCAGCGGCGGCACGACCAAACGACGUCCAAAAGACAAACUGUUCAGCACGAAUCCCAUCGCCUGGGUGAAUACAACCGUUUUUGAUUACAAGCAUCAGCUUAAAACUGGCGCCAUGACCUUAUACACGUGGACCUAUGCCGAGGAUUCACAAUCAGAAGACUGGCUUCAUCCACUUGGUACGGUCGAAUCAAAUCCAAGGACUGAUGAACGCGCUGCCAUUAUGUUAAGCAUUUACAACUAUAAUAUCGACAAUGUAAUAGUUUAUCCACCUGAAGACAGAAUAUUAACAUAUGCAGAAGAGUUAGAGAAAACCAAAAAUUUUAACCGUGAUAGUGCCCAAGAUUGUCGAAGUAUUAACCAAAUAAUGUCACCUUAUUUAAAUAAUGAUAAGAUUCAAGAAAUGCAUGACCAGGAUCGAAAUGCCAUUUGGGCCAAAAGAAAUGAUGUUCAGGAGUUUCUCCCACAAGGAUUGCCCUGUCUAUUACACUGUGUUGAAUGGAACGAUCGUGAUGAGGUGUCCGAGAUGCGCCGUUUAUUAACCAAAUGGAAGCCAUUGAGCGAAGAAAGAGCAUUGGAGCUGCUUGACUAUGCAUAUGCUUGCUCGAGCGUCCGUAGUUUUGCCGUCAAGUGCUUGAAAAUGUUAAACCUUACCGACGACGAAUUACUUCUCUAUUUGCUGCAAUUAGUUCAAGCAAUGAAACACGAGUCCUACUUUCAAUGUGAUUUAGUUGAAUUCCUUUUGGAUCGUGCGCUACAAAAUCAUCGAAUUGGCCAUCAUUUUUUCUGGCAUUUACGCUCGGAAAUGCUUGUGCCAUCAGUCCAAGUGCGGUUCGGAAUUAUUUUAGAAGCGUAUCUAAAGGGCAGCCAAGAGCACAUACAAAUUCUUCUCAAGCAAAUUAGCUGUUUGGAUGAGCUGAAAAAAGUAUCGGAACAAGCGAAAAAAGUUAAUAAAGAUAAAGGACGAGCGGUUUUGCAACAGCAUCUGAAUAACUCGUUCAUUAAGCAAAAAAUUGAAGACGUUUUAAGCCCAUUGAAUCCAAGCUUUCGAUGUCGCUCAAUUAAAAUCGAUAAAUGCAAAGUGAUGGACUCAAAAAUGCGACCGUUGUGGAUUGUGUUUGAGAAUUCGGAUAUGCACGGUGACGAUAUUUGUGUGAUCUUCAAAAAUGGUGAUGACCUGAGGCAAGAUAUGUUAACAUUGCAAAUGCUUCGUGUGAUGGAUAAAAUUUGGAAAAGCCAUGGCUACGAUUUUCGCAUGAAUCCGUACACUUGUGUCAGUACGGAGCACCGUUUGGGCAUGAUCGAAAUCGUUUCGAAUGCCGAAACCAUUGCAAACAUACAGAAAGAGCGUGGCAUGUUCUCGGCGACAUCGCCAUUCAAAAAAGGUUCAUUGUAUGCAUGGCUGAAAGAUCACAAUCCAGACGAUCUAGACAAAGCGAUACGUGAAUUUACGCUUAGUUGCGCUGGAUAUUGUGUUGCUACCUACGUAUUAGGUGUGGCCGAUCGUCACUCGGACAACAUAAUGGUUAAGAAAACUGGACAGUUGUUUCAUAUCGAUUUUGGACACAUUCUGGGCCAUUUCAAAGAAAAGUUCGGCAUACGACGUGAACGUGUUCCGUUUGUGUUAACUCAUGACUUUGUCUAUAUUAUCAAUAAGGGAAAAACUGAUCGCGAAACCGAAGAAUUUAAAACGUUUAAACAAUUGUGUGAAACGGCAUUUUUACUACUGCGCAGUCAUGGCUGUCUCAUCCUGUCACUGUUUUCAAUGAUGAUCUCCACUGGUUUGCCUGAACUUUCAUCAGAAAAAGAUUUAAAUUAUUUGCGUGAUACUUUGGUUUUGGACAUGUCUGAAGAAGAAGCUCGCGAUCAUUUUCGACAAAAAUUUAGUGAGGCGCUGCUUAAUUCGUGGAAAACAUCACUAAACUGGGCAUCACACAAUUUCUCCAAGAAUAAUAAGCAGUGAUGAAGUUGAAGCCACGUUGAAAUUAUCACAUCACAACUUGCUUGCUGAGAAUAGCAUUUGCAAUAUUUGCUCAGAGAACGAAAAAUAUGAAACACAGUACAACAAAUUUCUUGUGAUUGCUGCAUCCAUUGGGGUUUUGAAUGCACGAUUUUAGAGGACCAAUCACCAAACCAAACUGUAUCAUUAGUUUGUUCGGAAGACGUCCAAAUAAAACUAAAUAAAAAUUCUAUCAAAGUUGCCGAAUUUUGAGUACGCUUUUGAACAGGUCAUUCACUUUUGUUAGAAAUCUAUAUUGAUAUAUGCGUUGGAAAGGUGAGAUUUUACCCCAUUCAUCAAAAUCGGUUGGGUGGUUUUCGAGAUAUAGCACGAAACGUGUUUGAAAUCAGUGAAACCAAAAUUCAUGGGGAAGUCUCAUCUUUUUGACAAGGCAUGCCCAUAUAGAUUCUUGGCAAAAUUUGGUAUUUCGGCCCAUUUAUGUUCAAGGGCGCACUCAAAAUUCGGCAACUUCGAUAGUCAUCCGAACAAACUAAUGAUGCAAAUUUGUUUGGUUUUUUGUCCUCUAAAAUCGUGCAUUCAAAACCUCAAUGGGUGCAGCCAUCACCAGAAAUUUGUUGUACUGUGAAACAAUUUAAAAUAUUAUAAUAUUUUUCACAAAAGUUAAUUCUUCAUUUAUGUCCGUUAAGAUCAUAUAAGCUGAGCGGAAAAACGAAAAACAUUAUAAAAAAUUUAUAAGAAUAAUAAAAUUAAUAAUAAUAUGAAAGAGAGUUUGUUUAUAAUUUCACAAAUAAAUAAACAUCAAAAUAUCGUGAAA